GAGAGAGAGAGAAUUUAUACACACAGAUAAAGCUAUAACUCCGAAGUGAGCAGGAGCGCAUGGGGUUACAGUGUGCUGGGCGAAACAGGAACCCUACAAAGACUAUUCUUCCUAGGAAAGGCUUUUAGCUGCUGAAGUCUACCCCAGCCCGAUUCCUUCCACAGGUUCUCGAUUGAUCCCACACACCCCCGUCCCCUUGUCUCUCUCUCUCCCAAACUUCCAAGGAUGGUAACUGAAGACUCCAGCGAUGGAGAGAGCCUGAGAUCAGAGCCGGGCUGGUGCAAGACCCCCAGUGGUCACAUCAAGCGACCCAUGAACGCGUUCAUGGUGUGGUCACAGAUCGAGAGGCGGAAGAUCAUGGAGCAGUCGCCGGACAUGCACAACGCCGAGAUCUCCAAGCGCUUGGGCAAGCGCUGGAAAGCGCUGGCGGACACCGAGAAGAUCCCGUUCAUCAAGGAAGCCGAGCGCCUCCGGCUCAAGCACAUGGCCGACUAUCCGGAUUACAAGUACCGGCCGAGGAAGAAGGGCAAGAGCGGGGCCAUUGCCAAGAUGCUGAGCAGGAAGGUGGCUUCGGUCAGGAAGAACCUCAGCAACAAGGCGCAGAGAGGGGGCGGCGGCUCCAGGGACAAAGGCACCUGGAAAACCAAGAGGGGCGGCCCCAGAACCGAGACCGCUGGGGAUGACCGGCUGGAGGCACAGGAAGAUCCCAGAAGGAGGGAGACAGGGCGGCAGGGCAGCUGCUCUUCCUAUGAAGAGGAUGCCAGCGGCCAAGACGAAGACUAUGAGUUGGGCCCGGAUCCAGAUCCCCCAGGUAAGCCCAAGGGGGAGCAGAGUCCCCAGGGACCAGGCUCCCCUGGAGAUGCAGCGCUGAGCCAUCCUCUGGGGGACCUGCGGUCAUCAUCUCCCUCCUCCACCAGAUCCCUCGCCUCCUGCUCUUCAGACGAGGAACUGGAAGAUGAGAUUCUCGACAUUAUCUCCAGCGCCAACUUUGAAAACCUGGCGCUUGGCCCCUUGGACUCACUAUCCUUGGAUAAAGAUAUGGAAAUCUCGCAUACGAACUCUGCAUCCCAUUUCGAAUUUCCAGAUUAUUGCACUCCCGAAGUUUCCGAAAUGAUUUCAGGAGAUUGGUUGGUGUCUAGUGUGUCUGACCUAGUAUUUACUUAUUGA